UGAUUUGUUUUCGUAUUUUCACUAACAAUCGAUUUUUUGUUUUUGUUCUCCCCCAACUUUUUUAGUGUGUUGGAUGGAUUUGUAAAAAGAUAAGAUAUAUUUUGGAUCCAUAAUUAUUUUAAUUAUAGUUGUUAAACAAUAGAUUACAAGACAACGUUUUAGGUACGUGAACUAUUCAAUGGGAACUAAACAGCGUAACAUCAUUUAGAAAUGAAAUAGCAUCUGAUGCGGGCAUAUUAAAAAACAUCGAUAAGCUUCAACAAAAACAACAUCAAAUAAGCGAACAAAGGCAAUAAUUCAAUGAUAAGGAAUUUUAAUGGAAAAAUUUGUGUCCUGAAUAGAAGUUACAACUCUACUAAUCGUCUUAAUACCCCUCGAUUUUAUCUCUACUGGCUUCUGAUCGAUUUGGCUGGGGUGCAGAGUACGGUACGGCAAUUCAAAUAUUGAGAUAAAUUUCUCUGCGAGAAAGCCACUUAAAAUUAAACGCCCUCAAAUCCACAUUGUCAUACCACAAAUCAGUUGCGACUGUAUUAUUGUUUCACGCUGGCCGAUAACUUCCAAUAAUCAUAAGGCAAAACUGCAUUUUGUGUCCAGUCAUAUUCGGAAUAUCAACGCAUCAAGUUCUCUCGGCUACUGGCACUCGUUCGGUGGUGGCGUAAAGACUAAAUAAAUUCACAUAACAGCUUACAAAAUGGGCGAUGAUCGCUUGCCAAUUGUGGAGAAUGAAGAACAUUCGCCGACUACCACCCGUCGUGGGCCACAAGACAACGAAUUAGAUCCAGAACCAGCAGGAUGUGGUGGAUCGGCCUGCUGUAACCCCAAUAGUGGAUUUCAUCGAUUCCUUGCAUUGAUAUUUAUGUGUCUUUUGGGAUUUGGUUCAUAUUUUUGUUAUGACAAUCCCGGAGCACUUCAAGAAGUCUUCAAAGAAGAACUCAAUAUAACAAGCACACAGUUUUCUAUGAUCUAUUCCAUAUAUUCCUGGCCGAAUGUUGUUCUUUGUUUUGUUGGCGGAUUUUUAAUAGAUCGAGUUUUUGGCAUUCGCCUAGGAACCAUCAUCUAUUUGUUUAUACUUCUAAUAGGCCAACUACUGUUUGCCACGGGUGGUUUAAUGAACACAUUCUGGAUAAUGAUUGUGGGCCGGUUUAUAUUUGGCAUUGGAGCAGAAUCGUUGGCGGUGGCCCAAAAUAACUACGCAGUAUUAUGGUUUAAGGGCAAGGAAUUAAAUAUGGUAUUUGGACUGCAGUUAUCUGUGGCACGUUUCGGUAGUACCGUGAAUUUUUGGGUAAUGCAGCCCAUCUAUGACUACGUCCAUUCAAUCUACAAGGAACACAAUGCUCUGGGUGUAGUCCUUUUAUUGGCGGCCGGGACUUGUGUCCUAUCGUUGAUGUGUGCUCUAGUAUUGGGUUGGAUGGACAAGAGGGCUGAACGUAUUUUGCAACGCAAUACAAAUCCUUCGGGCGAAAUAGCCAAGCUAAGCGAUGUAGUCACAUUUAAAGUCACAUUCUGGAUGGUUUCGGUGAUAUGCGUGGCAUAUUAUGUGGCCAUAUUUCCAUUUAUUGCCUUGGGAAAGGAUUUCUUUAUGAAGAAAUUUCAUUUCACCCCUCCGGAGGCCAAUAAUGUUAAUUCGAUUGUUUAUCUUAUAUCAGCUGUGGCUUCACCAGUAUUUGGUUUCCUGAUUGAUGUUACAGGCCGUAAUGUAUCAUGGAUUUGUUUGGCUACUUGCUCGACAAUUGGUGCACAUUCCUUAUUAGCAUUUACUAUGUUGAAUCCGUAUGUUGGCAUGGUUUUAAUGGGUUUGUCCUAUUCGAUGUUGGCAGCAAGUUUAUGGCCACUGGUGGCUUUGAUUAUUCCCGAAUAUCAACUUGGAACCGCAUAUGGAUUCUGCCAAUCAGUACAAAACUUAGGUCUAGCUGUAAUAACCAUUAUUGCUGGUAUGAUCAUUGACAAGAGUAAUGGAGAUCACACAUGGUUGGAAUUAUUCUUCUUGGGCUGGCUCACAAUUGCCCUGAUUGCCACAUGUGUUAUAUUUGCAUAUGAUCGUAAAACUAAAGGAAACCUGAAUAUGUCGCCAGCUCAGCGUGUGGAGUAUGCUAAUCAAAUAGCUGCACAAAGAAUGUUGACUCCGGGUGAUGGUGCUAACGCAGAUGAGUACGCCAGUGAUCAAGAACCACUGUUAAAUAACUAGGCUGUGCAGGCACAUGGUUUACGAUUCAUCUGUACUAUCUCUGUAUUAUAAUAAGAAAAAAUUAAAUUUCAUCGCUAAUCGCUACAACAACAUAUCUGUCAUCAUUACAAAGCUUUACAUUUUAACACAUUUCCAUCUACACAUUUUUUUAUUUUUAUUUUGAUUAUGUUUUUUACACUAUGCUUCGAAUCUUAAUUAUUGCCGCCGUUAAAGGAUUUUAUUUUAUGUACCUAUAUAUUUCGUUAUCAUUUUAUUAAAAUUAUAUACCAAUUUAGAAAAUUAAGAUAACAUAUUAUAUAUUUAAGGGUAUUAUUGUACUACUGAAAUUAUGCAAUGUAAAAGGCUAAAUUUGUUGUUUAUUUAUUAAUAAUGUUGUGGCUUUUAAUAUUAUAUGCAAAAAAAGAAAUUUUGUAAAAAAAAACCAUCCCACUAUGAACUAAAAGAAAUGUUCUCAAAUUAUUUAGACCUACAUACACAUAUAUACGAAAAUGUCUGUGUGUAAAAUAUGCAUAUAUCAAAAAAAAAAAAAAGAUAAAAACAAGUAGUAUCGAAAAUUUUUGUGAUUCGUUAAAGAAAAAAUAAAAUUUACAUAAAUAUUUGAA